AUGGGUGUAACAAUGGGUCUUUUUUGGAUUACCCUUGUAUUAUCAAUAAUUGGAUCUAAUGCUGCUGGCCAAUUUAGCGUUUUGCACAGCCCUCCAUCAUUGAAGUUUACAGGACACAGUAAAACGUUGGAAAGUCUCUUGAAAGAAAUAUUUUCUGCAUCUCUUGGACUGUCCGUUGAAGAGAAUUCCGAAUGGGACGGCUUAUCUAUCGUAGAUCCAUUUAAUACUCCUGAAGCGGUUGUUGAAGUGUAUAUCGAUGGGGUAUCGUCAUUAGGAGAAAAUACUGGACUCAAAUCUAUAAAUUUCCCUUUGACUGUUGAUGAAUAUGAACCAGAUACCUAUGAUGCUGUUAGACAUAGAAUCAAACAACGCUUUACAAAUGGUGGUAACAAACUUGUUAACAUAAGGUUGUCAAACCCAGAUGAUUUGAUAUCAUCAAGCGUGUUUGGAGAGAUUGUACCCCCAAAAGUAACUAAGCAAACUUUACAGCAUUUGAAAUAUGACAGUGUUGAAGAAGAUUAUCAAUUUAUUUAUGAACUAGAAGUACUCAAAGCUAUUACUGCAAAGAUCAGGUCUGGUGCUGUUUCUGCUGACAAUAUUGUUGAUUUCUACAACAUUAGGUUCCGGUCAUUGCAUGCUCUUUCUGACUAUCAUGGUCCUAAUUCACUUCAAGCUAAAGAAGCAAAAAAACUAUUGAGUGAUGCCCUCCAAGAUCUAAGCAACGCAUUAGUAAAAGCCUAUGAUGGAUCAGUGCUGGUUACAGCUGUGACCACAGAUGUAGCUCACACUCGCCGCGCAGUUCGAUCUGUAUCACCUGAAACUAGGAUGCCAGCGGAUGACGAUAACUACACCGCAGAUUAUGCCGCCAUUUUCAACAUUAUGCUGUGGUUCGGGGUGGUGUUCGUUUUCACACUAGUAUCUAUUGUAUACGCUAUCAUGGACAUGGACCCCGGCAGGGAUUCCAUCAUCUACCGCAUGACGAAUACUAGAAUGAAGAAAGAUAAC